AUGAUCGUAAUAAUUGGAAUCAUCUUCUUGGCAACGAGUUUGGCGUCAGCUGAACUCUUCUUAGCCCCUGAGCAAGAUCUUAAUAAUUCAUUACCAGCAGAACAGUAUUUCAUUGAGAAAAUCUUCGAUAAAUAUGGAUCAGAAGGUGUUAUUAACUUUGAGGGUUUCGAACAUCUACUAGACAGCCUGGGUUUGGGAGGCCGUGUGUUCAAUUCGCCACAUGAUAUCGCCAUUCAUAGAAUCAACGGGACCUUCAAGCAGCUUCAUGAUACACAGCAUCGACACAAACGGUCACUGACGACUUCAACAUCUAUGCUCAAGAAAUCAUGUUUAUCACCAAGAGAAAUACUCACCGUAUAUGGAAUGGAGAAAGAGCCAGGCAUUAUAACUAUUAAUCCAAAAACAUUUUUGGAAAUGUGUCCAGCCCUGGUGUAUCAGUUAGACCAACGUUCCUGUUACAAGACAGACGCACCUGUUCCGAAAUUGGAUAGAAUUUGGACGUGGAUAUACGCAACACUAGCCAUUUUAGUCAUCAGCGCUACUGGACUAUUGGGAGUUGGAAUAGUACCGAUGAUAAAGUCUGCCAUUUUCAGUCACGUGCUUCAUUUCCUGAUUGCUAUCGCUGUUGGCACUUUAUGUGGUGACGCUCUACUUCAUCUUCUUCCUCAUGCAUUGAAAAGCCACGGCUCUUCAAGUGAACCACAGGAAGAAACCGAAGUGAUUUUAAAAUGCAGUGUCACUUUUUUGACCAUUUUACUGUUCUAUAGUGUCGAAGCUAUCAUGCAGGCAAUGAACGGUGGACAUUCACAUUCACAUGACCAUGAAAGCAAAACUGUCGAAGAAGAGAAAAUCGAAUCAGCAAAACAAAUAGAGUCUAUCGAACUCGGAGCCAUAAUGCCUGGCUCGCCGCAUCCGCCGGUGGAACGUCCUAUGACGUCAACUGCACUUAUGGUGAUAGUGGGUGAUGGUUUGCAUAACCUCACUGAUGGCCUGGCCAUAGGAGCAGCGUUUAGUGGAGAUCCAGUGACUGGCUUCGCAACAGCACUUGCGGUUUUCUGCCAUGAACUUCCUCAUGAACUCGGUGACUUCGCAGUGUUACUUCGAUCUGGUAUGAGCAUAAGACGGGCAAUGUAUUACAACCUUCUAUCCUCAGUACUUAGUUUCUUCGGCAUGGCUAUUGGAAUCUGGCUUGCGGAGGACCACGAGUCCGCUUCUCAAUGGAUCUACGCUGCAACGGCUGGUACUUUCUUCUACAUAGCAUUAGCUGAUUUAGUUCCAGAAAUAAAUGAAAACAAUAAAGGAAGAAGCUUACACGUGGUUGUUGCUGUUUUAGGAAUUUUAACUGGCGGUAUUAUUAUGCUACUAAUCGCGUUACACGAAGACUCAAUACAAUACUUAUUUAGAAGUUCCGAACAAUGA